AGAUAGAAUAAUGUCUUCUGCUAUUUCGAGUUCAUUAAUAUCGCUCAGUAUUCUUUUCGUUUUACAAACGGUUAAUUUUCUAACAUUUGAAACAGAAGGCUUAUUCCUAUUGACUCCACUUAUUAUAGGGACUGCCGAGUUGAUACUUUCUGCUCUUGCGGCUUUGUGCGUUUUCACAAGACCUUCAAGGAACACAGCAAUCACAGCCACUGUUCUACUUAUCGUGUGUACCACCUGGACUGCAGUUGGUCUCUCAAAUAUUUCAGAAGAGGUCACCCCAAAGUUAUACGAAAGAAAUGUUUCAGUCGAACCGUAUUCACAGAGCGACGCAUUACUUCCGGGUCAUGGGGUUCAUAUACUUCUGUUUGCUAUUUUCUCUGUUUGUUUGAUUAUACAUAACCACAAGAAGGAUCUAGUUGUUUUCAUGUUUGCGUCGUCUUUGAUAUCAGUGUCUGUUAUCAUUAACACGUGGACAAACUUUAAAGGUCAAAGUUUAUUGUUCCUCUGGUUAGCCUUCCUGACUGCCUACGUCAGUGUUAGGACUGCAUUAGAACAUUUUGCUGGGGAUAUACAAACGAACCCCUCAGAUAAUAAAACUGACUUUGACGAUAAAAAAGUUAUCAGAUAUGCUUUAAAUGUUCUUUCACUUUCCCCAUGGGUCUUUUAUAGUACUACAAUAAUAGAUGAUACUGCCAUUAGUUUUAUUUGGCCAUUAGCAUCCGGGUUCUUUCUCCUUCUUCAUGGAAUAAAUGGGGUAAGAAGAGGUAGCAUUAUCGUAUCCAUGUAUUCUAUUGUUGAUGGUCUGUUCUGGGUUUCUCUAGGUGGGUCUAUGUAUAUGGCAGUUAUAAAAGGUUAUUCGGAAAUUCUUUUUCUGGCCAUUUCUAUCCCACUGACUAUAAUUCUUCUUACGAUAGGUGCUGUAUCCUUACACUUAGAAAUUUUGCUAUCGUUAGAAUAUGUGUUUCUUUCGGGUUUUGUGUUAAGUUUAACCUUUAAUCACGAUGUUUCGUUAACAGUUUUUACUUGGAUUUGUUUUGUUCUUUAUAUGUACGGGUAUAUCGCGGUUUUGAUGAAGUCCUUCUCGUUUAAAAUUCAGUUUCCUGUUGGACAAAACCGAUUUUCUAAACUAUGGCAAAAUUUUUGUAAGCAAAAAAUUUUCGCUGAAAAUAAAGUGGAUGUAGUGAAUUCCAAAAACGUGUUUGAGUCUGACUCAAUGCUUGGUUUUUCUAAAUAUGCUUCUUUGGAAAAUGUAGGCUAUUUCUCCAAUAUUAUCAGCAUACUUUCUUUUGUCUGGGCUCCACGUGACACACUAUUGCUUUCUCUGCCUUGGCAAUUAAUUUUUGGAGGUUUCAUUCAAUUCGUUGUAGGCUUUGUUGGUUUUUCUAGAGGAAAGACUUUCGAAAGUUCAGUUUUUCUCACUUUUGCCUCGUUUUGGUCCGUCUGGGGAAGUUUAAUGUCAUUGGACCUUAUAGGAACCGAGUCAGGGAUAUCUUUUGGGGUUGGAGUAAGCGGUUUUCUAUUGGUAGGUGUAUUGUUUAUGGGCAUGUCAAUAACUGUCAGUAAAACUUGGAUUGGUAUAUCUUCAUGUUUUGCUCUCUUUAUGUUAACAACUCUUCUGCAAGUGCUUGGGGUAUCUGAUGGAUUCAUUUACCAGAGGACGGCUGCAGUUUUGUUUUCUCUGUUCCUUUUUUACGCUUUCUUAUCAUCGACCUUUAAUUUGUCCUUUGGGAGAGAAGUAUUACCUCUUGGAAAACCUCUUCUACAAAUCAGUAAAGUAACAAAGUAUAAUGACCAGAUUCUGUGGGCAUCAUCAAGAAGAGCGAGAGGUGUAAAAGAAAUAGCAGACAAACUGAAGGCUGGUGGUAUAUGUGGAAUUCCUACAGAUACAGUGUACAUUCUAGUUGCUUGCUGUCAUCAACCUAAAGCUGUUGAGAGAGCAUACAAGACGAAAAAACAGGCGGAAGAUAGACCGAUGUCAGUAUGGAUAUCCAACUUCAAACAAAUAGAGGCUGCUCGCCACGAAUUCAGCUCACUUCUAUGGGACUUCCUACAUGAAAUAUGGCCAUCAAAUGUGUCCGUCGUUGUUAAGAGAGGAGAAUGGGUAAAAUCUUUGGGUCUUGGAGAAUCGGAAAAGUACGUUGGUCGUCCAGAUAGCAUCGCUCUCCGAAUUCCAGAUAGUACUAUAACCUGUCAUCUUAUUGACCAGUGUGGACCGGUAACUGUGACGUCAGCAAACCCGACAGGGGAGGGAGAUACCACGCACCACCUCCAGGUUUUGGCAAAACUUGGAGUUAAAAUGUGUGACGGCAUCUUGUGUGACGGUCCUUCUAGAGAAAACGCAAUUUCAACGGUGGUGGACUGCCGUGACAUAGAUAAUUGGAAACUCGGCUUCUUUAGAAUUGGCCUCACGCCAAAAUCUACAGUUUUAGGAAUCCUAGACAAACUUACGGAAAAACAUGCUACGAAGAAUGGAGAAAAUCAUAUGAACGGCACUGUAAACACUGCUUUCGAAAUAGAAUCAAACAAUUAAAAUAAUGUUGAAUGUACUUAUAUGUUUUUAAAAACUGAGUAAUAAAAAAUGGAAGAUUA